UUCGUUUUUCAUGAUCUCUCUGGAUUCUGUUUGUGCAUUUAUUCAAUUUUACAAUAGUUCUUUAGAAAACAAUUAAAAAAUCUGUAUUGCAGUUUUUUAGAAAAUUUUCAACAUGGAUUCUGAUAACUUGACAAAACAGGCUGAAGAAAUUGAAGCAUUAUCUUCUAUAUACGGCGAUGACUGGACCACGGAAAGCGAUAUAACUAGAUCUUUCUGUAUUAAAGUGAAAGAGAAUAAGAAGGAAGCACUUUUGUAUGUAACAAUGCCACCUGAUUACCCUGGCCAAUCGCCGCCUAAAUAUGAAUUGUCGGCGCCCUGGAUGGACAGAAAAAGUAAAGGGAAUCUUCUUAAGGCCUUGGAUGAAGUUUAUUUAGAAAAUGUAGGGGAGACUGUUAUCUACCAGUGGGUAGAGAAGAUAAGGGAAGUCUUAGAAACAAUGAAAUCCCCUGAGCCUGAAAAGAAGCCCAAGCCUGCAGUAGAUCCUAUUGAUAUUUCACAGUUAGAGAUAAGCUGUCCUCCAAUCACCCACGGAGAAGUCAUAAUAGACAGAAAGAGCUCCUUCCAAGGACAUGCGGCUGAAGUGCACAGCGUAGAAGAUGUAAAAGCGGUUCUAGCAAAGCUGAAUCAAAACAAGAAGAUAAUGAACGCCACUCAUAAUAUGUACGCAUAUAGAAUAGAAAAAAGUACACCCAAAGGCACAUCAAUGAUACAAGACUGUGAUGAUGAUGGUGAAACUCACGCUGGGGGCCGUAUGCUUCAUCUGCUGCAAAUACUUGAUCAGAAGAAUACUCUGGUUGUGGUGUCUAGAUGGUACGGAGGAAUACAACUAGGGCCAGACAGAUUCCGACAUAUAAACAAUGCUACGCGACAAGUCAUACAGCAAGCUGGCUUGCUCAAGAAAUGACCUUAGUCUUAUAUUAUUUUAGGUUUCCCACAUAAAGAGUUUGAAACUGUCCUCAAACGGUCUGUUACAGAAUAGGUGACCAAAUAUUUUUUACGCUUCGGGCAGAACGUUUUAUCAACAAAACAAUGGACAGAAUGGACUCUUCUAUCGUUUGACAAUGAAAUUCCCAACCUCCCGAAGAAAAAUAAUGUUAAUUAUUCGUAGACAUAACCGACUGUCAGAAUAGUUUCAGACUCCCUUGUAAAUAGUGUAUAUUAAAAAUAAGUGAUUUGUACAUAGGUUUUCACUUGUUUUGUUGUUCAAAACAUGUAACUUUCGAAGUAAUGAUAAGAUAUUGACAUUUUUAUGUAAUUGACAUCCAUGGAAUUUUUGUAACAUUACCUGACCCCACAAUGCCUAUUUUAUUCAAUAUUGAGCAAGUUUUGUCUUAUUUUCUCACUGAUUAUGCCAUUUUCACAAUAUUGUAUUUUUGUCAAACCUGGGAAUACGAUCCCCGCAAGGACUUAUUAUAUAAAACAGAUACAAUGCAAUAUCUGUCAUAAGAGGGCUUGCAUACAAUCUCUGCCUACCCUUCUGAAAGUGGCGUGACUUUGUCCCUAUAUAUAAUAAUGCAAUUAAUGUAAUCACCACAUAAAGUCCCCCUAAUUUUCUGUGACUAUGUAUGCGCUAAUCACGGAAAGAUGUAAACGGAUUUUGUUCCUGUUAAAAAUGUUGGAAAGAGGUGUUCUCGAAGACGGGGCGGGUCGCUAGUAUAUGUAUUUUUAUUAGGCUAUAGUGCCUUACAUUAUUAAUGUAUUUUAUAGAUCUGUAUCUCAAUUAUAGGUAGGUC